UUGUGGUACGCUCGCAGAAUCCAGGCUACUCAGAGCGCGAAUCUCCGACUACCAGGCGACGGCGACGGCGAGUACCCAGCGCAGCAGGAAGGGCGGCCACGGUGUUGACGUUUCCACGCGCCUCAGCGACGGCGAAUACCCCCAUAUGGUGUAUAAAGAAUAAAGAAUAUAUGCAACAGUCCAAACUCGACAUGGAUGACAAACAAUUUCACUGGAGCCAGUGGCAACUGCUCGAUUCUAUCCUUCCUACUGGUGGCUUCGCCCAUUCGUUCGGUCUCGAGGCUGCAAUUCAAGCUCGCAUUGUCUCACAACCAGAAGAUCUCAAAACGUUUGUGAUCCAUUUGUUAGACAACACUGGAAGUUUGCUUCUUCCUUUUGUGCAUUCAACCACACUAUCACCUGAUUUAGAAACUUGGGAGAAAAAUGACAGAUUCUUGAAUGCAAUUUUGACAAAUGAAGUUAGUCGAAAGGCGUCCAUUACGCAAGGAUCGGCACUCAUGAGAGUUGCAGCAAUAGUAUUUUCUGAAAUCUCGUCUCUGAAAGCAAUGAGAGAAACCUCCACAGGGACCGGGGCUGUUUCCUUCCACCACGCUCCCAUAUUCGGGCUAAUCUGCGGUCUACUAGGAUGGGAUAGCACAAUGUCGCAGAGGGCAUAUCUGUUUAUUACCCUGAGAGACGUGAUUUCUGCUGCAACAAGACUGAAUUUAGUAGGACCCUUGGGUGCAGCUGUGUUGCAGCAUCAGCUUGCGCUUGUUGCUGAAGGCACAUUGAAAAAAUGGAUGAACCGUCCUGUUGAAGAAGCUUGCCAAACGGUUCCUCUGUUAGAGACAGUACAGGGAUGCCAUACGUACCUGUUUUCUAGGCUGUUCUGUUCUUGAAAAGUUUUCAAGUGUCCAAUUCUAGUAGUUCGGACAACAAUUGUGCGGCAUUUGAUUUGUUUUAAUCCAACGAACAAGUUAGUCGUAAGAAAUUUUUGGAUUUUGUAGACAACAUCAGCGUAUGCUUGAGCUUCGGGUCGUGUUUUAGAGAACGUGGGUGAGGAAAUACAUUUGAAAACCAUUU